AUGGCUCCCGUUCGUCGUCCAUUGGAGGACAAAUUAGCAAUCGUGACUGGCGCCUCACGUGGUAUCGGGGCUGCCAUCGCACGGCAUCUAGGUGCCAAAGGUUGCAACGUACUGGGCGUCUAUACCAGCAAUUCAUCAACGCAACCCGCCAAUGAGCUCGUCAAAGAGCUUAUUGAUACGCACAAAGUCAAGGCAACCAUGGUCCAGGUGGACCUCAGUCAGCCAGAGCAUGCAGCUCCUAAGAUUGUGGAUGUCGCCAGAGCAACCUUUGCGCUACCAAACGGUGACUUACUUGUCGACAUCUUGAUCAACAAUGCAGGCGUUGGGGGCGAUUAUAGGCUUGAAGAUGUGCCCGUCUCAGAAUUCCAUCGCAUGUAUGCGGUGAACGUGCUGGCUCCACUCAUGGUGACACAGGCCGUGCUACCUUACUUGCCACACGAUCGGUCAGGGAGGAUUGUCAACAUUUCUUCGGUGGCGUCAUCAUUGGGAUUUGUCACUCAUACCUUGUAUGGCGGAACAAAAGCAGCCCUAGAGGCCAUGACAAGAACUUGGGCCAGAGAGCUGUCUGAACGUGCAACGGUUAACGCCGUCAAUCCUGGACCAGUCGAGGGCGAUAUGUACCUAGCGGCUGGCGAAAAGCUCUGGAAACAGCUCGAACCAUUUCAACUGAACUGCCCAUUGUCCGCUAUCCGAGACGGGGUAGACGAUCCCGCACUCGUCAAGUUGAGCAGGGAGAAAAUGGGGGCACGACGGCCGGGAUAUUGGACUGAAAUUGCUGGAGUGGUGGGAAUGCUCUGCGGCCAAGAGGCAGGUUGGUGUACCGGAAGUGUAGUCUGUGCCAAUGGAGGCUUCAAAUUCACGUACUGA